ACACGUUUAAUAAAGCGCCUGGUAAUAGGGGAACGCGGAACGUUUUAAUCAUCGUUUGUUUCAAGGGGACUGUGCGUCAGUCGGAACGGUCCCCAUACUGUUCACUCUACAGUCGAGGUGUUGUGUGUGGACAUGGAGUCAGAUCUGUCUGCCCGGCCGUGGGUGCCAGUAACUCUGGGUGGUUCUGAUCUGCUGGCCAAAGCUUGGUUUGGUGACACUGACACACAGUACCGGGUUCUGCUGAGUGAUCUGAGCAACGUAUGGGAAGAGGACAUGAAUGCAGAUGACAUCCAGAGUCGAGCACAGGAUCUGAAUAAGCGUCUGAGGGCUCCAACGCAGGCAUUUUUCUCUCAUCUGUGCUCGGUGGCACGUCCUUGUUUCUCUAGCCCAGAUGAUGGUCACACCACUUCUGCACAUGUCUUUCUGGAACAUCAUGGCGACAAUUUAACAAUCAGACUUAAAAGUGAGCUGUCCGGAUUGCCGUUUUACUGGGAGUUCCGAUGCACCCCGACGCCUGUAGCCAUGGUGUGCCGGCAGCUGGUGCGCCCCCUGCUGGCAGUGAGUAGGGUUUUGCAGAGGCAAGUCGACGAGCUCACUUCUCUGUUGGUCAGGAAAGAUGCAGAGAUACAGGACUAUCAGGAGAACGGCGCUGUGCUCAGCAGAGUCCGACUACAGACGGAGCCAUUUGAGGUGCACAGAUACAGGGAGAACUUCUUCACACAGACAAUUUCACAGAUGAGUGCGUCGCUGGACAGUUUGGGUUUCGAAUCAGAGUUACAGGAGCUGUAUGUGGCUGUGAACUCGGUAAAAACGUCUCAGAAACGUAAACGUGACAGCAGUCCUGCUGCAGAGGACAUCGCCGUCUCUGAAGAUCAUCAUGAUGUCCACGCAAACACUAACUGUACGGCAGCUCCAUCAGCUUCCAGAGAACCGAAUGAUGUUAAAAGAGCAACAGGAAGAACUCGGGAGGCAGACAGUGAACAGACUGUACCACUAACAUCUGCUGCGGCUGUUGGUUCUGAGCAACGUACGACCUCACGGCCGAAGAAAAAGAAAGCAGUGGGACUCUUUCGGUGACCAUUUAAACUUCCGAUGCUUUUUAUGGACACUUUUUUUACCAUACAUCUUUUAUGUUGUUCUUUUAUGACAUUUAACAUUUUUAUCAUGGGUUUUAUUAUGUAUGCUCUUUUAAAAUUUGUGUCUUAAACAUCAUAAAUAAAAUAUUGCAUUUCUGUAA